GUCUCUAUUUUUGCUUCAGCCUCUCAUUUCCCCACCACCCACCCACCAUUUUCCAUCACUGUAAACCAUGCCAUCUGGGGCUCCACCGCCGCCCCCACCACCAGCACAGUCUCCGCCGCCGCCACAACAAGCACCACCAUUAACGCUCAUCCGUACAAAAACACCCACCACCAUACUCUUAGGUAAGUACCAAUUGGGUCGCUUGUUGGGCCGUGGAAGCUUUGCAAAAGUUCACGAGGCAACAUCACUCGAGGACAGCAACAACGUUGUGGCGAUUAAGAUUAUAGACAAGACGAAAACAGUUGACGCUGCCAUGGAACCAAGAAUUAUCCGGGAAGUUGCAGCUAUGUGCCGUCUCCAACAACACCCCAACAUUCUUAAAAUCCACGAAGUCAUGGCUUCAAAGACCAAGAUCUACCUCGUCAUGGAACUAGCCUCAGGAGGUGAACUUUUCGCCAAAGUGUUACGCCGUGGCCGCUUAGCUGAACCAGCCGCACGUAGGUACUUUUCCCAACUGGUCUCCGCCCUCCAUUUCUGCCACGAAAACGGUGUCGCCCACCGUGAUGUAAAGCCACAAAACCUUUUACUAGACCAAAAUGGUAACCUCAAAGUUUCAGACUUUGGUCUCUCAGCUCUCCCUGAACAGCUAAACAACGGGCUUCUACAUACAGCUUGUGGAACGCCGGCGUAUACAGCUCCGGAGGUGGUUCGGAGGAAAGGAUACGAUGGUCCCAAGGCGGAUGCUUGGUCUUGUGGGGUCAUUUUAUAUGUUUUGCUGGCGGGUUAUUUACCCUUCGAUGAUAGUAACUUGGUGGCUAUGUAUAAAAAGAUUCAUCGCAGGGAGUAUCAGUUCCCAUCCUGGAUAUCAAAGCAAGCAAAAGCUAUAAUAUGGCAGCUUUUAGACCCGAAUCCUGACUCGAGAAUGGGCAUAGAAAAGUUAAUGGAAACUUCAUGGUUUAAGAAAACUUUAACGGCAUUUACGUCAUCGAACAACCAACAAGAAAGUUUGUUACACGACAGGAAGUUAAAACAUGACAUGGUUUCUAAUGGAGUUAAUGCUUUUGAUAUAAUAUCUCUGUCUUCAGGGUUGGAUUUGUCAGGGCUUUUUGAAGGAGGGAAUAAUAAGAGGAAGGAAAAGAGGUACACAACUUCGAUUGAGUCGCUGGAUGGGGUAGUGGAGAGGGUCAGGGAGGUAGGGGAGAGAUUGGGGUAUAGGGUAGAGAGAGGGAAAAGAGGGGUUGUGGGGUUGGGGAAAGGAAGGGUGGUGUUGGUGGUGGAGAUGGUGGAGAUUGCAGAGUCGUUUGUUCUGGUGGAGGCGAAGGUGGUAGAAGGGUGGCUGGAGUUUGAGGAAGGGCAGUGGGUAGAUUUGGAAGCCGGUCUUGGAGACAUUUUUGUUUCUUGGGACAAUGAUGUUGUAGGUUGAUGGUUUUGUUUGUAAUACUAAUGUAGAUGGAAAUUUUUUCCUUCUUUUUCAUUUUUGGUUUAUCGUUAAGUGUUAUUGGGGUUUCUCUGAUCUGAAUUGAUGUAAAUAAUGAAAAUUAUUAGUGAUAUUAGAGGUUGA